GUUACAUUGUGUUCUUCCGUUUGCGACUGCGUAGGUGUACCUUUUACAAUGAACAUGGCAGUCCGCAGAUCAUAGUGCACAUUAUCCGGUUGCCGAGGGAAACAUAUCGGCAUGGAGGAGUUUGGAGUGUUGUAGUCCUCCAUGGUAUCGAUAGAUGACUACGAAUCCAUAUGACUAACGCUAUUAAAUGCAGUCCACGUGCUGGAACAGAGUACAGAGAAAUAGCACUUAACGUACAUGUUCAUAUCAUCAGACGGCAGGAGGAAAAGGACAGUGCCGACGGUUUUAUUCUCUCCCCCAUGAACCAUGCAACUGCCCCAUGAUUUUCACUUCGUCGGAGAUAACGAGGAGGUGUUGCCAUUCGUUCAUUAUGAUGAGUUUUCGUCCUGGCGUUAUCGUGGAGAUAGCCGACCAGCAUCCUUGUCAAAAUUCCCACGCGGUGAAGUUUUUGAUCAGGCUAGGGAGUCACUUGCGCUUUGAAGGUGACCGUGACUGGGCCGCAACCACCUUCACGUUAAAAUCGUCGUGUAUGCUGUGCGUCCGCUCAGAUAUUGAGAGUGGACUGUACUGAGCGAUGGUCCAUUGAACGUUUGGAUCAUUCCCAAUAUCACGAUCAAGCGAAUUGCAUCGUGUCGUGUGCCAGCAUGUCAUCCGACUCUGAGUUUCCCGCCGUGGUGGAAUUGAAUGUUGGCGGGCAGCUGUAUACAACAGCCCUGUCCACGCUGACCCAGCAAGGGGACUCCAUGCUGGCUCAGAUGUUCACAGGCCGGACCCGGGGACCACUGCAAAGAGAUUCACGAGGUCGUUACUUCAUAGACCGUGACGGCUCGCUCUUCAAGUACAUACUAGAUUACCUGCGCAAUCAAAAACUGGUGCUACCCGAGAAUUUCGCUGAGCGAGGGCGACUGAGGCAGGAGGCGGAAUACUACCAACUAUCGCGCCUAGCCAAUGCUCUGUCAGAAGCCGCUCAGGCUGACAGCACAGCCGACAAUGUCGGAAACUCGGUCAGCGUGGAGAACAGGUCUGACUCACCCGGGUUCUUGACCAUCGGAUACCGGGGAACCUUCGCCUUCGGACGGGACGGGCUGGCCGACGUCAAAUUCCGAAAGAUCCUGAGAAUUCUGGUGAGCGGCCGCGUGGCGCUUGCACGGGAGGUGUUCGGGGACUCUCUGAACGAGACACGCGACCCUGACCGCGGCAUGAGCUCGCGGUACAGCGCCAGAUUCUACCUGAAACACGUGUACCUGGAACAAGCGUUUGAUCUGUUGGCCAGUCACAACUUUAAGUUCAUCAGUUGCUGUGCGUCGGGUACCAGCUCUGGCCCGCCAGAGAGUGACGAAAGUAAGUGGCACCAUUACAACGAGUUUGUGUUCCAGCGUCUAUAGACAUGUACGUUGUUGCUAUCGAAUAUCAUUCCAUAUUUAUGCACGAAACUGUAUUGUCUUAAAAGCUACGUAGCAGAACACUGGGAAUCUCCCUUGCACUAACAUUAAACUAUUCUAAACCUUAUGCUUUGGCAAUGAUAAGCUCUUUUCAGGGUACCAGUAAGUAGUAGUAGACCUAACGUUGAAAAUCCAGAGUGUUGCCGACGAGUACAGAAACAGUGUCGAUGGUUUCAUCAUGCUGGGACCGACCCUGCCUCCGGGGACGCGGACAAAUGGAAAGAAGUUCCCAUCAUGCAGUCUUGCCUCUUCUCCAAUCUACGACAUACGUGACAAGCGUUCAAAGAACGCUGUCAGGCCAUCCUUCUUGCAGGUUGGAUUGGUGGAUUCCUUUGCAUGCACGCAACCCAUCUCGGUGCAGCUACAACUUCAUUACCCAGGACUGGAGCCGGAGUGACAAAAUGCUUAUCCGAGUCGACGAUUUUAAUCAAGCCAGGAAGCGUCGGAAUCGAGAAGCCUCGCUUGAUAUGUUUUAAUAACAGCUCCUCCUCCGUGCUGGUGAUAAUAUUGGAAGUCACCAUUGCUGUAAUCUACCCUCUCCAUCCACCCGCGCUGUCUCGCAAUAUCAUGGAGUUUUUGCGUUUAACCGUAGGCCUGCAUCUAACCCGUCCGUUGCUGUAAAUAACUGCAGUAGUCUUUCCCGAAUGGUGAAACAUCGAGUUUAGCGAGUUGCAGCAUUGGAUCUCUUGUGGGCACUUCCGUGUAUAAAUUAUAUGCCCAUGCCUGGCUUUCAGGGCCAGCCAGGGCAUCGUGUUAGUCUCCCGUCAGCAAGCACCAGCCUAAACGUAUGUGGCCAGUUUGCAUGCCCCUUAGGACAGAGCAGAGUGAAAGGUACACGGAAAAAACCAAGCCAGACCUUGCAUUUCAAGUGCUCAGUACUGAUAUCCACGGGGACCAUACGAUGCAUCCCUGUUUUUUUAGCGUCAUAGAAACUGCUAGAAGUAACCCACGACCGUAGCAUCGCAACGAAAGUAUCACAUGUAAAUAAUAACAUUCCACUAUUUAUAUCACACUUACAUUCAACUGUGAUCAGUCUCUCAGAAUCAAUCAGACUGUUGUUUCUUCGAUCACAUAUCAUAGUUGCAUUUAUUAAUACAUAAACAGACACAAUGAAGGAAAAGUAGUAAUUCUUGUUAACAAUUAAAUGUGCCUAUCAGCUCUCUGGUAUUGUCACAACUUCUUGUCGUCGAUACAUGUUACAAGUCGGUGACAGAAAUGGCAUUAUAUCGUAUUGUUUCAGUACGCCGUGUAUCGUCCAACUAUACAAAGGCUACUUGUAAAGAGAAGCAAAUACCACAGGUC